CGAUUCGAGUACUUUAAGUCUGCUAUAUACAAGAGAAUUUGUCGACUAGACUUUGUGGAUAUUUGUCAUCAACAAAAACAUUAAAGACCCGAAACAUGUAGUUUUCCAGGUUUAAAAUUCCGGGCGUUUUUCCAUUAAAUAAUAUAUAAAAAGAAGUUCAUAAACAGUCAAUCAGUUGAAGGAUAUUAUAUAUAACAACUACAACAAUAAAAGAUGAAGUUCAAUCUGUUGUUGGCUAGCCUGGCAUUAAUCAUAUCAUUAAGUAAGAGUCAGACUGAUCAUAACACCCCACCUUCAAUCGACGAACAGUCUGCAAUACAAAAUUUAUUUAACCCUACCACAUCUCCCCAAGCACAACAAUCACCAAUCGUUGAAUUAACUACAAAUACAGAUAAACCACAGACAGUAAAUCCACCCCAGGCACCUCUAGCAACAAGUCCACCACAGGCACAAAAUCUGCCACAGGCAACUAGUCCACCACAGGCACAAAGUUCACCACUAGCAACAAGUCCACCACAGGCACAAAAUCCACCACUAGCAACAAGCCCGCCACAGGCACAAAAUCUGCCACAGGCAACUAGUCCACCACAGGCACAAAGUUCACCACUAGAAACAAGUCCACCACAGGCACAAAAUCUGCCACAGGCAACCAGUCCACCACAGGCACAAAAUUUGCCACAGGCAACUAGUACACUACAGGCGCAAAAUUCACCUCUAGCAACAAGUCCACCACAGACACAAAAUCAGCAACAGGCAACAAGUCCACCACAGGCACAAAGUUCACCACUAGCAACAAGUCCACCACAGGCACAAAAUCCGCCACAGGCAACAAGUCCACCACAUGCUCAAAAUUCACCACUAGCAACAAGUCCACCACAGGCUGAAAAUUCACCACUAGCAACAAGUCCACCACCGGCACAAAGUUCACCUCUAGAAACACGCCCACCGCAGACACAAAAUCCGCCACAGGCAACAAGUCCACCGCAGACACAAAAUCUGCCACAGGCAACAAACCCACCAACAGAUCAGCCAGUUGUUACUAAUCCACCCCAAGAACAGCCAAAUAUAACAAAUCAAGAAACAACAAAUAUCCCCAAACCAACAAAUCCACCACAAAGUCCACCGGCUGCAACAAAUCCGAAAGAAACACCCGAAGAACCACCAAUUCCACCACAGGCCACUAAUCCACCGCAAGCCACAAAUCCAUCACAAGCAAUAAACCAAACACAGGCUGUUAAUCCACCACAAGUAUCAAAUCAGUCAGCAACAGCUCAAUCACAAGCUGUAAAUUCACCAGCAGCUAAUCCACAAGAAAUACAUCAACCAGAAGUCACUCAGCAACCAACCAAUUCACCGCAAGAAAUAAAUUACCCAGAGCAAGAAUACAAUAAAUUACCCAAACCGCAAGCAGCAUCUAACCCACCAAAAGAAUCUACUAAUCCACCCUGGGAAGCAACAUAUCCACCACAAGAAGGCCUAAGCUCGGACACAGAUGAUGAUGGAUUUCUUGACGAUUCUGCUUCAAGUGAAAACAUCGAUGGCUUAAUAGAUGAAGUUUUAGAAGACUUUUUUGGUGGGGAGAAUGCCACUAUCGUUCCAGAACCAUCUGAUGAAUCAAGCCAAUCCAGUAACUCAACCAUCAGCCAAUCGGCGAAUUCCACCCUUAGCCAAUCAUCGUCUAUUUUUGGUAAAGAUGGCAGCAUGUUUUCAGUAGUGCUAAUCUCCUGUUUAAGUUUUGGUAUUAUAUUCUUUAUUGCUGUUGUGGCCUUAGUUGGAAGACGUGUUUAUGACGGAUGGCAGAAGAGACACUAUUCUAGAAUAGACUAUUUGGUAAACGGAAUGUAUAAUUAAAACAGUAAGCUUAUAUUUGAUGUAAAUCGUUGUGUAUAUUGUAUUAUUGUGUGCCUUAUUACUUAAUAACAUGGUUUCGGAAUACUUAUUUUAUUAUUAUGUGAAUAUUGUGUGCUAAUUUGUGUGUGAAUAGACAAAAGUCGUAUAUUUCUAAACGUAGAAAGCCUCGAACAAAUAUGAACCGGUAUUGGUGUUCUACCAUUCCAUUGUGGAACUAAACAAGUACGAUCGUUAUUUUGACCAGGAACUGACCAUGUUGUUGGAUGAAAUUCACAACUCUAAUUCCCCAAAUCGAUGCAGACUUGUUCAAAGAAGAAACAUUCCGUUUGGACUUGAAUAAUAGACGGAGCCUUAGGCUUUUUUGAAGAGCUUCAUCCCAAGCAGAAGAACAACAACAAGUAGCGGUUAGCGACCAGUCUCUGUUCCAAAAAACUCUACCUAAUUAUCUACGACAUGUAUGAAUUAUUAAAAGAUAAUAAAAUUAUUAGAAUAGA